AUGGCUUCAUUCGAGACUUCGCAGUCUUGGCUGCCUAAGCGACAACGAGCUGACAGCGGGGACAGCCUCCGAUCCUUGCAGUACGAUGACUAUGCAGUCGGGUGGAUCUCCGCCCUUCCGCUUGAGAUGACAGCUGCUCAAGCUAUGUUAGAUCAUAGACAUGAGCCACUGCACCAACAUCCACAGGACAGUAACUGUUACGAAUUCGGAAGCAUUAACGGUCAUAACGUGGUCAUCGCCUGUCUACCCAAAGCACAAUAUGGAAACAACAACGCAGCUAUCGUUGCAAGUAAUAUGAAUCGGACGUUCCCACAUCUCCAAUAUCGCUUUCUGGUCGGUAUCGCCGGCGGGGCACCCGGGGCAGUUGACGUACGCCUUGGUGAUGUUGUGGUCAGCACCGACGCUAUACAAUACGAUCUGGGGAAAGCAUUGCCCAACAACCAUUUUCAGCGAAUUGCUAAAGCGAUCAGUCCUCCCCAGUCGUUGCUGACUAUGGUUUCAAAGCUUGAGGCUAGCCAUGGCGGAGGACAAAACCGGAUGCUUGAAAUUCUAGCCGAGACUGCACCUCGCCUUCCUCGCUACUCCCAUCCAGUGGUUGAGGAUCGUCUCUUUCACCAUGGGUGCCCUCAUACUUCCUCAGAUUCGAACUGUGAUGCCUGUGACAUUUCGCAACUUAUUAUCAGGAAGGCUCGUCAACAAACCGGCCCAGUUAUCCACUACGGCCGGAUUGCAUCAGGGAACCAAGUCGUCAAAGAUGCACUUACUCGAGACCAAAUAUCCAAAGAGAUUAUGAACGUUUGCUUUGAGAUGGAGGCAGCAGGCGUAAUGGAUACCUUUCCUUGUCUUGUGAUUCGCGGUAUUUGCGACUACUCAGAUUCUCACAAAAACAAGGGAUGGCAGGAGUAUGCAGCUUUGGUAGCCGCGGCGUAUGCCAAAGAGCUUUUGAUGUCUAUCCCUCCUACAUUAUUGCAGCCACGAAAGCGAGCCAAGGUUCAGCAAACAAAAGCUUCAGAGCCUGUCGGCCUUCAAGUAGAUGAGUGUCUGCGAGCUAUGUUCGUCACAGACUCUUCACUGGAUCGCGAGGGCAUUCUUGAUGCCAAGGGCGAUAUCUGUGAUGGAACCUGUGAAUGGAUCAUAUCUACAGAUGAAUUUAAGACUUGGGAAAAGGAUCCCCCUCACCUACUUUGGAUCUCAGCAGCGCCUGGUCGAUACAAGAACACGGCAGUCAGCAUUCUAAGAGGCUUAAUGCAUCAACUCAUCUCCUGUCAACCAGAUCUCGUAAACACGAUUAUACCGCAGUGGAAACAACAAUCCAACCAACUAUUCCAAGAAAAGUCAUUCGGUGCCUUGUGGAAGCUUUUUGAAGACGCCAUUGCUCAGUCUAAAUUCAGGACCAUCUACUGUGUCAUCGAUGCCCUUGACGAAUGCGAAGCCAGCUCCCUGUCCCUUUUGCUCCGAAAGUUUGAGAGACUUAGUCGACGACGGUUGAGCUCAUCUCCCAAAAUGAAACUCAUAUGCCUCAGCAGGAGGUACCCAGAGAACAUACCCGAAGCCCUUUUGCUUUUCAUCAAGCUGGAACUUGACACGGCGAUCGCCAAGGAAGAGGACAUUAGUCGAUUUAUAUCAGUCCAAGUCCAGGAACUCGCUCAGAAGAAGCAGCUCAGUCGUAAGAUGCGGUCUAUGCUACAAGAGACCUUUCUGCAAAAGUCUGAGGGAACCUUCCUUUGGGUUAGCUACAUGUCCCAAGACCUGCAGAAACAGGGUUUACUGGGUUUUGAAGCCUCUCUGGACAUGCUACCGACUGGAUUAGACGCAGUCUAUGAACGGAUUCUCCAGAACAUUGAGUUUGAAAAGGGAAGAAUUAUAUAUGAUAUCCUCUAUUGGAUCCUCGUGGCUAUGAGGCCCUUGACGAUAAGUGAACUGUGCGAGGCAGUUAGUAUGAAACCCACGAGGCUACUGGCUCGCGAAGAGGUGUGCAUUGAGCUAAUCAAGUCUUGUGGUCAUCUGCUUCAGACAACAGAUAGGCAAAUUGGAAACUCUGUUCAACGGACUGUAACGUUUCUACACCAAAGUGCGAAGGACUACCUCAUGAAAUUUGAACUCCCUUUUGGUUCCCAGAUACUAAGCCUCGCACCCACCCAGCUCCACGAACACGCUACAAUUGUUUUAAUCCAGUACCUCGAACAAAUGAAUUCCCACCAACGAAUUGCAAACGAAAGUUUAAAUGAUAUAGCGAAUGAUUUACCACUGGCCAUAUACGCUGUCCACGAAUGGGGCCGUCACUUCAAGCAAUUGGAGGACAUUACUCAAAUCAUUCGGCAAGGCGUGAGCUUCUUCGAAAAGGAUUCAGAGGUCAGACGCAUGUGGCAAUAUUUAUACAAUUUACCACAAAUUAAGCGUAACUCUGAAGCCAUUCCUUUGCUUCAUUUGUCUGCCUAUUUUGCUCUGGAUAACUUGGCCAAGUGGUGUUUGAGACAUGAUGGUGAACAUGACGUUGGGACAGAGUGGGGCGCCCACGAACAAACAGCACUUGCCAUUGCUUGUGGACGGAAUCGGGAGUACAUCAUUUCUUUGCUCCUUAAUGCAGGUGCCAAUCCCAUUUCCGACAUAUAUCUCAAAAGUCCUUUUAUCGAAGCUUUGUCCUACUGUAAUAGACCUACUUUGCGCCUUAUGGCACAAACAGAACCUUGCAGGAAGUUCUUAACUGAACAGGCAUCUGAGCAAGCUGACGCCCUGAUCUGUGUCGCUGCCUCGGGGGGCAACGAGGAUGCAUGCCGCUUCUUGAUCGAAGAUCUAGGUUGGGAUCUCAGUUGGGAAAGCGGGGAUCAUGGUCGCUCAGCCUUAACGUGCGCCCUCGCAAGUGGUAAUUUCGAACUCAUCAGCUAUUUUAUCAAAGAGCGGCAAAUUUCCACUGAGGAGGACUGCGACAUCCUUGAAAGUGCUUGCUUAUCUGUCGGCUCUGCAAGUAAUUUCGAAAAGAUUAUUCGACUCCUGGUGGGUCAUUGCUCCGUCAAGAUAAAUGCCACAGACAAGGAAGGCCAUAAUGCCUUGUGUUUCGCGAUCGAGAAUUACAGAAGCCCAUUCUCGUCUCUUUCCACCACAACAAUUUUGUUACAAUUUGGCUGCGACCCCGACCAGCCAGACUGCCUCGGCCGGACAACCAUGUAUUGCCACACAAAGGAAGCCAUCGACACUCUUAUGCUAGAGUUCCCAGCCGUCAUGGACCUUUUAGUCCGUAAUAGUCAGCAUGGCAUCAAUCAUGUUGAUUCGUUCGGAAAGACAGUCUUGCACUACCUUAUCGAGUGCUGGAUAAUGAAACCGACUUAUGGCCCAUUUUUCUACGAGUCUCUAGAGUAUUUUACACAGGCCGCACAAGAUCUUAUAGAUUUGGGUGUUGAUCGACAUAUCCAAAGCCGCCAAGGCCUUACGGCUGUGCAAAUACUACGAGCUGCUCGGGGCGAUUAUGAAGAGAAACCUGGAGUAACAGUAGAAGAACAGAGGAGGUGUGUGGAUCGAACGAUAACAAUAAUUGAAAGCUAUUGUACAGUUCCUAAAUACUAG